AUGGCUUCACCUCUACCUGUAGAGGAAAUGACAGUCCAAAUACUCCCCUACGUCAUAGGCCUCCUCCUCGCCUGGCCGGUAGUAACAACAACCCUACGGUACCAGCGGCUACGCAAGCUCCAGAAACAAUAUGACUAUUCAACACGGGAGUCGAUGUCCAAAAUGACCGACGAAGAAGCCUUCCAAAUCCAAAAACAAGUCGCACAGCUAGAAUUCCCAUUUAUGUUCAUCAAGAGUUUACAAUUUGCUUUAUUCCGGACAUAUGGCAUCCCCACAAUCUCUACCCUCCUCGCGAAAACGACCCAAUUCUCCGGCCCGGAAACCUCCCUAAAGCGGUAUACAGAUACCAGCGUGCUCGUACAAGAAAUGGUCGGCAACGACCCGACUUCCACCCGUGCAUAUCUCGGUCUUGCCCGAACGCGCUACCUACACAGCGGGUACAGGGCCUCCGGUAAGAUCCUCGAUGAUGAUAUGCUCUUUACGCUGGCGCUGUUCGCUCUCCAACCGAUUCGAUUCAUCGAUCGCUAUGAGUGGCGCAAGCUGAGUGACCUGGAGCGCUGUGCUAUCGGGACUUUCUGGAAGAGUGCAGGUGACGGACUUGAUAUUAGCUAUGAGCAGCUGCCAUCUGGUAAGACUGGAUUCCGGGAUGGGAUUCACUGGCUCGAGGAGGUCGAAGCUUGGAGUGAGCAGUACGAGGCGAAGUGUAUGGUGCCUCAUGUUAAGAACCGUGAGACGGCGGAUCAGACUACAGCUGUGCUGGUCUAUAUGUUGCCUCAGAUAUUGCAUCCGGUUGGAUUGCAGUUUGUUUCGUUUAUGAUGGAUGAGAGACUCAGGAAGGCGAUGUACUUUGACGCCCCCUCCGCAUUCUUUGCACCAAUCUUCUCGGCUGUUCUCACAGUCCGCAAGCUCUUCCUCCGCUACCUAGCUCCACCACGACCGUACUUCAUGCGCUUCGCCUCGUUCACCGAGGAGCCAGAUCAAAACGGGCGCUUCUUCCUCAAAAAAUGGGAUGCUGCGCCGUACUAUGUCAAACCCACGUUCUGGAACCGAUGGAGCCCAACAGCAUGGUGA